AUGCGAUUGUGUUAUACGAUCGUGGUGACAAGUACCAUUACGUUUAUCGUAAACAUUCAUCAGAAUGGGCUUGUUAGUGCUCAGUACGUCGACACGUAUCGAAACGAAAACAUUAACGUAGCGCAAGUUGAUCCAAAUGAUGGUUUGCCAAUGUAUCCCACUCCUCCUGUUCCAGUAAAUUAUGGUUAUCAAGGCAUGAAUGCUAUGGACACAUUGUCGUCCCAGCCUGUUCCUGCCUCUCCUCAGGUUCCAGUAAAUUAUGAUUUUCAAGACAUGAAUGCUAUGGACACAUUGUCGUCCCAGCGCGUUCCUGCCUAUCCUCAGGUUCCAGUAAAUUAUAAUUUUCAAGACAUGAAUGCUAUGGACACAUCGUCGUCCCAGCGCGUUCAUGCCUAUCCUGUUUCUUAUGAUACUCAAGGCACCGGUGGACUGGACAGACCGCUGUCAAACACGAUAGGCAACGGCGGUCGUGACGAUCUACAAUCGCUUCAGACUCCAAGUAGCGGUGGCUUUGCUAACCAGCCAUCUCUAAGGGUUUCAGAUACGUCAGGCGUGAAGCCUAGCCUUCAGUUUGGCAAAGAGGUGCCUUUGGCUACGAACUCUUUACAAAAGGAUUUGGAUGACGAUGAGCAUCCCGUAAACGAGACGUCUGCCAAAGCGGUUCUAACGGCACCUACAGCAGGUGAUUUGAAUGCCGCUGGAAAGGCUGCAAAGGAGGCGUCUACCCCUGAGUCUACCAAGGUGGUAAGGCCGGACACGAAAUCUACAGUGGAUAGUGCGGAUGACACUGAGGAUGAUAAUAAUACGUCAGGCGUGAAGCCUAGCCUUCAGUUUGGCAAAGAGGUGCCUUUGGCUACGAACUCUUUACAAAAGGAUUUGGAUGACGAUGAGCAUCCCGUAAAGGAGACGUCUGCCAAAGCGGUUCUAACGGUACCUACAGCGGGUGAUUUGAAGGAGGCGUCUACCCUUGAGUCUGUCAAGGAGGUAAGUUCGGACACGAAAGCUACAGUGGAUAGUGCGGAUGACGCGAAGGAUGAUGGUACUACGUCAGCCGCGAAGCCUGUUUCUAAGUCUGAAACGAAAAAAGGACCCAACGAUUUUCUUCAAGACGAAAAUUUUCAACAAUAUCUUGACGAUAUGUUUAGUGGCUCUGGCAGCCGCGACAUAUUGCAGGAGUUAACGGGCCAAACAUUCAAGCCUAAGGAAUCGGAAGAAAGCUCUCCCUACCAAAAGACUAGUACUACAUUGACUAAAGGGGUAAACGAUUUUCUUCAAGACGAAAAUUUUCAACAAUAUCUUGACGAUAUGUUUAGUGGCUCUGGCAGCCGCGACAUAUUGCAGGAGUUAACGGGCCAAACAUUCAAGCCUAAGGAAUCGGAAGAAAGCUCUCCCUACCAAAAGACUAGUACUACAUUGACUAAAGGGGUGACGGGUGGGGUUGUCACCGACAAGGCCGUCGCUUACAAGGCUGCCACCGACGCAACUGCUGAUAUAAAAUAUGAGGAGGACGACGCAACAUCGGAUAAAGAUGAUGACAAAAAAGAUGUCAAAGGACCGAUCGGUAAUGUGGAAGUCACCGCAGCAACGCCUUCAGAGGAUCUCCCCACCGAAGAAGUGACUGUGACAUCAGGCAAGACUGAAGUCAUUCCAACUUGUUCCGGUGUGAUAAGUAAAGCGAAGUCUUGGUUUGCCAGGACUUUGAACAUUGGCCAUGAUAUCUGUGCAAGCAAAUCUUGA